GUAGCCGAGGUGCUGGUGCUGUAACCAUGCGGCGUAUUAAAUAAGCACCAUGAACUGGAAUUUUAAGUAUACCUGCAGUCCUGUGAACCUUAAUUCCUUCUCUUUUUCUCUAUUGCCGCGAGUGCACCAUUUUAUUUCCCGUUGUUCUGAAGUGGAAGACAAUCGGAUUUCACAAUGGCGUUCUUCAUCGAUGGAAAGGACUGUAUGAUCUCGGAAUGGAUCUUGUUGGCAGCCUCCUAUGUCUUUGUCGGUCUUCGUAUCUACGCGCGUCUCUUCCGUGCGCGUGAGAAGUUGACUUGGUCCGAUUACCUCCUUCUUCUGUCCGCCGUUGAUGCUCUCGCCCUCAUCAUCUGCGACACUCUGACUUUCCAGAUGGGUGUCAUGGAUGAGUAUGAGACAUCUGUCAAGCUCUCCAAGAUCUCCUUCGCUUCCAACUACUUUUACGAUGUCGGUAUGGGUUUCCCCAAGAUGAGCAUGCUUGCUUUUUACUGGGCCUACUUCCUCCCCUCCACCGGCAUGAGCUCCGGUAUGCGAAAGGCUCUGUAUGGCAUCACUGCCUUUGUCUGCGCAUCAUACAUGGCGAUCCUUUGGGACGACACUUUCUUCUGUGGAAAGGAUGUUUCCGUUCAGUGGUCUCAGGAGGAGGGUGCUUGCAGUGUCUUCUAUGCACCUGAGCCCUUCAUUCUCAACUUUACCCUGAACUUGGCCUGUUAUCUUGCCGUAUACGCCCUCCCUCUCAUCCUGCUGGUCCAGGGUGUUCUUCAGCCUUCCAAGGGUGUCACUGCUACCUUUGUCCUUGGUGCUCUGACUAUCUGCACUACCAUUGUGCGAUUUGUGACUCUCAAGGUUGGGACUGGCCAAGAGAAUCUUGUUUACCCUAUGAGUAUGCUUGAGAUGGCACUUGCUAUUACUGUCGUCGCCUUACCAGGCUUGAAGCCACUUGUGGAUCGCUCCCCAAAGCAUGAGACGAGGAGCGAGGUGAUUGAGAUCAAGAACUAAGGAAGGACAAUAUUUUUACCUGGUCCCACAGCUACUUAGCCCUUUCGCGAGAGUCACGAUUGUUAUCUUCUAUAAAAGUGUUUUAAGCUGUGCUACACUUGUCCCAUGCUCUGUGCACUAGAUAUUGUAAUAAAUUGGUAAAUUGAGGGUCGUUGCAUUCUAAUAAUAGAAC